UUAGAAACGGUGACUCUCCUCUCGUGUGCCAUCCGUCAAAGGGUGCAAAGAAAAGCUGAAAGCAGAAAAAACGGUUCGAAAAGGUUCACUGCGCUUUUUCCGCAUAAAUUUUUGUAAUUUUCGCUACACGAGUUAACCGCGGUACUUUUCGGAAUUGGUUCCGAUUGUCGGAACCGUUGCAGGUAUCGGGAAAUUCGCGUUGGUUCCGUAGUUCGGGAAAGUGGUCCACAAACAGCAAAGAGGACCCUAAUCAGAGGCGAAUCAAGGAAAAAGGCAGUGAGCAGAAGAAAACAAGGCGACGACGAAGAUGGAAGCUCUCAUACCGGUGGUGAACAAACUGCAGGAUGUUUUCAAUACGGUCGGUUCGGAUGCGAUCCAGCUGCCGCAGAUUGUCGUGCUUGGAAGUCAGAGCUCCGGAAAAAGUUCCGUCAUCGAAAGUCUCGUCGGUCGGACGUUCCUUCCCCGAGGUACCGGUAUCGUAACCCGUCGCCCUUUGGUUCUGCAGCUUGUUUACACGCCCCUCGAUGACCGGGAGCACCGUUCCUCCGACCUCGGCACGGUCAACGUCGAAGAAUGGGGUCGUUUCCUGCACAUCAAGAACAAGAUUUUCUCCGACUUUGAGGACAUUCGUAGGGAAAUUGAGAACGAAACGGAUCGCAUGGCCGGUAGCAACAAAGGUAUAUGUCCGGAACCGAUUAACUUGAAGAUUUACUCGACGAAGGUGGUCAAUUUGACGCUGGUGGAUUUGCCGGGCAUCACGAAGGUUCCAGUCGGAGAUCAACCCGAGGACAUCGAAGCACAGAUCAAAGAUCUGCUGGUGAAAUACAUUGAAAACCCGAACUCUAUAAUUCUGGCUGUGACGGCGGCCAACACGGACAUGGCGACCAGUGAAUCGCUGAAGAUGGCCAAGGAUGUCGACCCGGACGGUCGGAGAACUUUGGCUGUGUUGACGAAAUUGGAUUUGAUGGACGCCGGAACGGAUGCAAUUGACAUUCUUUGCGGGCGCGUAAUUCCGGUCAAAUUAGGUAUUAUUGGCGUGGUGAACCGAUCUCAACAGGAUAUUAAUGAUAGGAAAAUUAUUGAGGAGCAACUGCGAGAUGAGGCGGCGUAUUUGCAAAGAAAAUAUCCCACACUGGCCACUCGCAAUGGAACGCCCUAUUUGGCCAAGACGUUGAACCGUUUGUUGAUGCACCAUAUCCGGGAUUGUCUGCCGGAUCUGAAAACUCGAGUCAACGUGAUGGCUUCCCAAUUUCAGUCUUUGUUGAAUUCCUACGGAGACGAUGUAACUGAUAAGAGCCAGUGUUUGCUACAGAUUAUUACGAAGUUUGCUUCGGCUUACUGUUCCACAAUUGAAGGCACCUCCAGAAACAUAGAAACCACUGAACUCUGCGGAGGUGCUCGAAUCUGCUACAUUUUCCACGAAACCUUCGGGAAAACUCUAGACUCGAUUCACCCUCUGACGGGAUUGACCAAGAUGGACAUUCUGACUGCAAUCCGCAAUGCAACCGGUCCUCGACCAGCUCUCUUUGUGCCGGAGGUUAGUUUCGAACUGCUUGUGAAGCGACAAAUUCGAAGACUCGAAGAACCUUCCCUCCGUUGCGUGGAACUCAUUCACGAGGAAAUGCAACGUAUUAUUCAACACUGCGGAACCGAAGUCCAGCAAGAGAUGCUACGGUUCCCUAAACUGCACGAGAAAAUCGUUGACGUCGUUACGCAACUGCUCCGUCGCCGUUUGCCCACUACGAAUUGCAUGGUGGAAAACUUAGUUCAAAUCGAACUCGCAUACAUAAACACGAAGCACCCGGACUUCCACAAGGAUGCCGCUCUGGUUCCAAGUCUGCUGAAGACCGAUACCCAGGACCAAUGGUCCCACUUGCAUCAACCCGGUAAUCCGCCGAGUCGUCGAGCUCUGGCACGGCCAAACCCACAACAGGCACCUCCGGUACCCGCCCCGCAAAACGAACCGGCUGAGAUGAACCACGUAAAUGAUCAGACUUCUAACUGGCUGUCGAAUAUCUUGCCCCCAGCGGUCGGACAAUUUGCUGCUGGGGCUGCGUCCUCGAUUCAGUCGGAAAGCGUCGAAAGCUCGGCCACAAACACCCCCACCCACGGAGUGCUUAGUCCGUCGAAGCCGGUCAAUCUGCUGCCGGACGUGCCGAUAAACCACUCGUCGCGCAAGCUGACCGACAAGGAGCAGAAGGACUGCGAUGUGAUUGAACGUCUCAUCAAGUCGUACUUCUACAUUGUGCGCAAAUCGAUCCAGGAUUCGGUGCCGAAGGCGAUAAUGCACUUUUUGGUGAACUUUGUCAAGGAUAACCUCCAGUCCGAACUGGUGACGCAUCUGUACAAGUCCGAUUCCGCCAACGAGCUGCUGAACGAAUCGGAUCACAUCUCGAUCCGUCGUAAGGAGGCUAGCGAUAUGCUUAAGGCACUGACACGUGCAAACCACAUUAUCAGUGAGAUCCGUGAAACGCACAUGUGGUAAGGAUUGACCGAAGUUGAGUGCAUUUCACACAAACGAAAAGGUGAUUCGGCGUUUUCUUUUCUCUAUUUGUUACUGUUAGGUGAUGAAGAAACAUUAGCGUUUAAGGGUUGCUUCUAAUUGAGGUUUGUUUGAUUUGAAAUCGCGCGGAUUUUACCCACCAGUAGUUCGCCUGUUACAUUUGUGGUAUGCAUUGUAAGACGAUUGUAUUUUAGAAGUCAAACAUUUAGGGAACCUGUUAGUGCUGUUAGGAUUAAUUUAACACUGAACAUACAUCCUAGGUAAUCGCAAAAUAGACUUUCACUGUUUAGUUAUAUUGCACCACAUGAUAUAACCUAAUUAUUGUGCAUUUUUUUCAAACAUGAAAUUCUUCUAGUGAGAUAUCAAACUUGAACAUACAAACAUGGCUCCUAGUCCUAUCUUUCGUAUUCAACGAUAUUGUUUCUAUUCGUUACCUCUAUAAGUUUUGCUCAACGACCAUAAAAUGUAUUCCCAUUUCUAAGUGUAACCGCCAAGAAAGUCCCAUCGAUGCAAGCGCGUGCGGUCGGAUUUUGCUACACAAAAAGACAUCAUCGUCCCAACACCUAGUUACUUAAAUAAUUACUGAUAUUCUCAUCUUUUCCAUUAUCAUACCUUUCAAAUGUUAGGAAUUUAAUGAGUGCAUUAGAAAAAAAUCAACUAGAAAGCAUUUCAAUCUGUAACUAUUGUGAAGCAUUACCAGAAACCUAUUUCUUUUACUGGAUUUUCGACAGCUGGCUGAAACUCUUGCAGAUUUCAGUUAAUUUAAAAACUAUGAAUUCGUCGAACAAUUGUGUGUCAACAGCUCGAGUCGCUCUAUCGCCAAUAAUGAACCAAUUACGCAAAUUAAUUUCAUCGCCAUGCUCGUACAACUUCGACCAAAGAUUGAACCGAACGAGCAUUAAAACACUUAGCAUUAUAACCACACACUGAUAAUGGAAAGUUUGCACCGCUAGAACCUUACAGAAAUUACCUAAUAUAAUUCACAGAUAUCUAUAAUAUCAAAAUGUUAAGAUAGAAGACGCAUAAAGGUGUGAUUUGCUAGAUGCAAAGCACGAAGCCACACUUUUUACUGAUGCGAAUGAUAAACAACCAGACAAAAUCAAAUGCAUGCGUUCGAAGUUAUUAAAAGCAGAGUCAGAAUUAAAUUGUGGAGCAAUGUCUACGUAACCUA